AUGGCCGACGUCUCCAUAGGAUCCGACAUCUUCGCCGUCGUUGCGCUUCUCGCGAUCUCCCUCUUAGUCCUCCUCUUGAUCAGAUACUACCUCCCCCUCCGCUCCACCCCCGGCUACCUCCUAUUUCCGGUCUUCUUGGGCUUGGCCCUGCCCUGCUCCAUCAUCCUACUGGUCCCCAUCGAUCUCGCCUCUGCGGAGGGUGGCUCAUCCAGGGGCAUAUGGCUACCUGAGCGCGCAGUCUUAGUCGCGUGGCGGGUGACAUAUUGGCUUACGUUCCUGCUCACAUGGUGGCUGCUCCCGCUGGUGGGAGAGUACGUCGACUCAGGCUUCCGGGAUACCCGGAGCAGGAUACUGUACUCGCUCCGAAGCAAUGCGCGGUAUCAGCUGAUCGUGCUGGGAACGGGCGUUGCAGGCUUGGUGUACUACAUCCUGCAGAAUGGUUUCAACAUCUCCAGUAUCAAGGGCAUGGUCAUGGCUCUGGCCUAUGCUUGGGGCUUGAUUCUGGCUAUUGGGUUAAUGGGACAUGGUCUGGUUGCACUUCCGAGGCGGCUUUACCGUACAGCGAGCGUCAGCGGCAAGUUGCGCAUGCUGCAGACGCAGGCGCCCAAGACGAAGGACAAAUUGGAUGAGGCAGUGGAGAAGCUGGAAGAACUCGAGAACACCGUAACACAGCUCAAACAGCGAAAGAGCGGCACAGGGAGGGACUUGCAAGAGUGGAUCGAUGAGCUCGCAGAUACCACAGCACCACCGGCACCUCGACCUGGUACGGCGGCUGCUGUUGGAGCUGCAGGCGCAAAGAUACCGGCUGUGAUUACGGAGGCAUAUCUGGCAGAGUUGACACGGAAGCUGAAACGGGCAAGGCACAAAGAAGCACGUUUCGUGAACGAGUGGAACAACAUCUGCCAGCAAGCUCAAGAUGCUCAGACAAUUCUGGACUCGGUUUCAUCUAAGAGCCUUGAUUUUGGCAUCGAACAGGACACCUUAAUGAGCCGCUUGACGUUCAUCACGCCGGGCAUGCGCUACCAAUUAUACGCGAAGGCCAUGCCCGGACUUCGACUUGCUCUUUCAGUAUGCUUUGGUCUGGCCUCAGUUAUGGUUAUUUGGAGUGAAAUUGUGCGAUCUUUCGCUCCCAAGAUCUCAUUCAUCAAUCUCACCGUGGUCCACCAUCCCAACUCAGAUGACGGCAAGAUCGGGCUCGCCGGACAAGUGAUUGCAGCAGCCUGGCUGCUCUAUAUGGACGCCUGCGCCCUGUACGCCAUGACUGACGUCAAGGUCUGGGGCAACCGCGCGCUUGUCAAGAGACAAACAUACGCCGAGAGCGCGUGCUGGUAUAGUCUCCAAGUCGCAAAGCUCACCGUACCUCUGUCGUACAACUUCAUCACGAUGUUGCGGGCGGAUGUCUACAAGGAGACCUCUUUCUACAAGUUCCUUGGCCAGCUGAUCAAUUUAACACCUCUUGGGAAAGGAUUUAGCGCAUUCUUCCCAUGCUUCUUGCUACUGCCCGUCUUGGCCACGCUCUUCAAUCUGUACGGCAGGACUAAAAACGUCUUCGGCUUCGGCAUAUUGGAAGAUGAGACUGAUGGCAACCCUUCCGGUUUUGGAACCGGUGGCUGGCGCGAAGGUCGUGCACUGAUCGAGCGCGAAUUACAAUCCCGCAGCGAAGGGGGCGCCAGGGUUGGACUUGCAGCGAGAGGGGACUCACUCGACAUCGAGCGUCAGGCGGGGACAAGAAGCGGUACUUCUACUCCACCGCAACGAGCAAGGGCACAGCGCGAGGCGCUUCUACCACCGCGAGUCCAGGAAGCGAAUCGGCAAUUCAACUCUAUCACGAAUCAGGAAGAAGAGGACGACAGUGUGCGACACUUUUACCAAGACUUCACUGAGCGGGUGAGGAAUACUUUUGACACUGUCGACCGGCCGGAUUGGAUGCGCAACUUGGGCAGUGGUGUCACUGUACCGAAGUGGAUGCAGAGCGACGAGAGAGAUAAUUCCAGCGGGCCAGCGUCGACAAUAUCGCGGUGGUUCGGUGGUAGAGCGGAGGAUGGGCGAGUGAGGCUGUGA